GCCGCCCAAUCCUCAACCGAGCUGGACGCGGCAGAGCUUUGCAGCGUACGAAUUCGUAUCGGAUUGCCAAUUCGUUUGUGCGUUUGCCAAUCUCAUUAGCCUCGCACCGCAGAGCAGAGCAGGAGAGAAGAGACCGAUUCCGAGAAGAAUGCAGUCUCUCUCAGUACUCAAUUCGAUUUAGCAGUCCCGUGCCUACAUAAGCGCGCCCAGAGAAUCAAGGAGAAGCCAUCGCAAUCAGGCGAGAGCAUCCUAGCUCCUACUGUAGAUCGGAAGCACUUCUCACGAAAAUCCGGUCAGUCUUUUCUCGCCGAUCGAUGGAGAUGGAAGGCGAACCAUCAGCGAUCUUGCCGCUGCCGGUGCUCGUGCACGAUCUUGGAACCCGUGCCGAAGAUUCGCAGACGCAAUACAGCAUCUCAAGCCAAGCCUCGAGCGCGGCAGCCGGCGGCGUGAUGCGAGACCACCGGUGUUUCGAGACCCCGCAGGGCUGGGUGCUCGCGCUGGACCCUGCCUCCCUGCAGACGUUCCUGUUCCGCCCUCAGGACGGCGAGAGGGUCCGGCUGCCGCCCUUGGAGGAGGCGCUCCCGCUGCGCUGCAAGUGCUUGCUCUCCGACAGUCCCACCGCGAAGCCAGGCUGCGCCGUCGUCGUGGUCUUUGAUCUCGACGACAGCAAGAUGUGGACGUGCAGCAUCGGGGCGGCAAGCAGGUGGGACAGCUACCGCUACCAGCUCACCGUGUUCCUCGACGGCGACGUGCCCCGGGACAAGAACAUGGCCAAGUGCCAUGGCAUGGCGGCCGUCGGCGGCAAGAUUUACUACGAGAUGACCGGCGACGAGCUCGGGUUCAUCCGUUUCAACGAUGAUGAUGGUAGUCCGGAGCUCGACGCCAUAGCUGUCGACAUGGUCGAUCUGCCGCUGAGCAUGCCGACGGCGGCGACCUACUUGGUUGAAUCCUGCGGCGACCUCUUCCUCGUCGUCAUCUUCUUCGACGGCGACAACGUGCACAAGAUAGCGGAGCAUGCGGUCUACAGGAUGGACUUCUCGAAACCGGCGUGGCGCAAGGUGGACAGCAUCGGUGAUGAUAGAGCGUUCCUUACUCUCUUGGUGGAGAUAGGAUUGGGAUCUCCAGUUUCGGGGCGUCGUGCUCCACUGCUUAUCACACUGGUGGUGGUGGUCUGCGAGGCAACUGCAUAUAUUUUCUGAAUCACAUGGCCAUUACUGAGAACUUUCUGCAUGUCAUCGACGUCGGCGACGGGACUCAACAGGUGCAGCGGCCUUUCAGGCACAAGGGUUAUAUGAUGCCAGUUCGACCGCCGUUCUGGUUGGUACCUACUGAAUGAAUGUACCCCAUGAUAUAUAUAGACAACAUAUAUAAAUAAAUUUGAGCUUGUACUUAGUGUCAAAUAGGUUUUCGGAUCCACGUAUUAUUGUGUCAUGUCUAUGUAUGUAAUAUAUAUAUAUGUCAGGCUAGUUAUCAUCUUCCUCAAAAUUACAGACAACUUUACCACAUUUCUCUAAUUUGACAUUACAAGCUAUUGUAAGUCAAGCCAUCAGAGAACUAUUGUAAGUCUGUAAU